UGUUUUGGUACUGAGACUUAGACUUAGGGAGGGAUUGUUUGUGUUUUAUUAUAUUUUCUUUUUAUUUUUUUUACAAUGAUCUGUAGAUCUUUCAUAGUAAGAAUAAAACAUCUUCAAUUCUUUCCAUAUCAGUCUCUUACUUGAUUUUGGAAUUAUGUUUUAUAAUCAUGUUCUUUUUUGUUUGCUUAUUUGAUUUUGAGACAAUGGGUUGGCCUUGAACUUGAGAUCUUCAGCUUCAACCUCCUAAGUAUGAGUGAGUUCUGAGAUUUCAGGAAUGUGUUACCAGAUCAGGCAAUCACUUCCAGACCAUGCUGAAGUCUAAACUGAAUGUCCUCACACUGAAAAAAGAACCUCUCCCGGCGGUCAUCUUCCACGAGCCAGAGGCCAUCGAGCUAUGCACCACCACACCGCUGAUGAAGACGAGGACCCACAGUGGGUGUAAGGUCACCUACUUGGGGAAGGUGUCCACCACGGGCAUGCAGUUCCUGUCUGGCUGCACGGAGAAGCCGGUCAUCGAGCUGUGGAAGAAGCACACCCUGGCCCGCGAGGACGUCUUCCCAGCCAACGCCCUCCUGGAGAUCCGCCCGUUCCAGGUGUGGCUGCACCACCUCGACCACAAGGGCGAGGCCACCGUCCACCUGGACACCUUCCAGGUGGCCCGCAUCGCCUACUGCACCGCCGACCACCACGUGAGCCCCAACAUCUUCGCCUGGGUGUACCGGGAGAUCAACGACGACCUGUCCUACCAGAUGGACUGCCACGCCGUGGAGUGCGAGAGCAAGCUGGAGGCCAAGAAGCUGGCCCACGCCAUGAUGGAGGCCUUCAGAAAGACCUUCCACAGCAUGAAGAGCGACGGGCGGAUCCACAGGGACAGCUCCUCCGAAGAGGUCUCCCAGGAAUUGGAGUCUGAUGACGGCUGAAGUGGGGGGGGGGGGGGGACUGGAAGCGCCCCAGCCGAGGCAGCCAGCGAGGCUCCAGGAGUUCCAGAGGAUUAGCCGGGAUCCUCAACGUGAUUCAACAUUUGGGAUUGCAAAAGACUGCCGCCAUGCCCUGGGUGUCCCCCCCCCCACCCACCCCCCACACACACCGACCCAUGCUUGUUAAAAGAGCGAUUCUAAAUCUAAAGAAAUUGUAUCAUUAAAGUAAUUCUUGUGACAUUGCCAUCUAUCUGCUGCUGCUGCUGGGACCCAGAGGAGGA